UAAACGUCCAUCACAUUACAUUUUCCAUUUCGGUGCAAAUGACGACAUUCCUCACUCUACUCUUGGGCAUUCGGCUGAAUUCGAAUUAAAACCUCGCUCACACUCAAAGUCAUUAAGUGGGAGAUCUCAACCUCUUUGACUCAACGACGGCAUUUCCGCUCGAAUAAGAGCAUGAAUAUUAGUGUUAUAUCUUAAAUUUUCCAUUGCUUAAAAAAGGAGAGAGAUUGAGAUACCAAUGUGGUCAUGAGGUGAGCUCUUUAAAUACAGAUAAUUGGUAUGUCAUUGAUCCUAAGCAGGUCACGUCUGUUACAUUGUUGUUGUUAUUGUAAGAUUUGUAACUAUUUGUGACUGAAAUUUUCCCAUUGGUUCACAUUUAGUCGCUAAAAAAAGUUUGAUACAAUUAUAAACUUUCUAGACUAGCAAAUCGUGCAAGGUUUAAGUUUUGUAUUAUUAAUAUUUCACAUUAAGUUUUCAGUUGUCUCCCACUCAACUACAUAUAAGGCAUCCAUCUUAAAGUUUCCAUUUGGCGAUAGAAGAUAAGCAGCCUUUACAAAAUUACUUUUUUACUUCUAAGUGGUAUUUGAGAGCAAUGCGGAGGAAUAUAGCAGAGCACGUGAGCGGAUAAGGCGCCAAAUCACGGAUUUCAAUGGAGGAUUUACAACAUCUGCAGGACGUGUUGUUUCCGACCAGGGCCGGGCCAGUUAUGUUCCUGGACAGUUUACACUGAAUAACACAUAUGUCGAAAUUGGGAUAUAGUUUAUGCAUAGUAUGAAAGCACCUAGCCUCCUUAAACUAAUAUUAUAUGGAGUAUAGAAAUAUUACGAUUUACAUUAGUAACUUUAGUGCACUGUGCACGGUAUUUUAUAUGUUCAGUCAUGAUUUGGAACUCCAUAUUAAAAAUAUAAUUUUGGUUAUCUGAUUUCUGAGGCCUUAACUUUGGAGUUUUAUUAUCAGGGAAAGUUAAUGACACGUUAACGCAAAUGCCCAUGGCAAUGAGCGUAGAAUACGUAAGUUAAACCGUAGCAAUCACGCAAUGAAAACAAAUGAUUAAUAUCAAAACAAGAGUCAAACGCCAACGGCUUUUGUUUUUAAUAUGAGGCAGUUCCAAAGAAAAUGUAUGCGGUCCGGUCGUGUUAUGACUAAUUUAGGUUACUUUCGUUUCAUUUCGGAAGAAAUCGGGCUCUGAGAACAGGCAAUACUCGGAAAUAAAUAAAUACACAAAAAAGGUAGACACUUAAACUCUUUAAAGGUCGAUUCAAUGUCAUAUGAUAUCAUCCUACUUUCACAAUCGCAUUCGUUGAAAUUAACACGAACUAGCUCGCACCACGGUUUGCACAGACUUAACAACGAAUUGCAGCAAAUUAUGGUACAUAAAAAAACCAUUCAGCCACCAUAAUUUUUUGUUACACUAUACAGUCUAUAUCAUAGCCCGGAAUAGCUUACAGGAGUUACAGAAUAUAGAUUAUCGGACUAUUUUCCUGUGCAUUAUUAAUCGGGGUUUUGACGUCAUAAGCCUCGUUGACCUCAUUUUGAAUGACAUCUGUAAUAUAAUAAACAAUUAACACGAAGUCACGUCUUACGAAUAGCAAUUCGUUUGAAGCAAAACUUUGUUAGAAUCUUUUUGUAAGCCCUUUAAGAUUCAAGGCCAUUUUGUUUCCAACGCAUUUGAUUCAUUGCAAUUUACUUCAAAAAAUUUAAAACGGAGGAAUAUAUAGUCAACAAACACUGCAGGUCUUGUAUUACGUUUCCCGGGCGGGGGAGGCUGGCGUCAAAAGGUGUGAAUAGCUUCAGUGACGUAACAAGUAUUCAAAAACAUCGUCAGAACCCUUCCGAGUGCGUCUUCAUCCUGUGUGACGCUGCCCUGAGCGCAAGGGAUAUAAAGCCAGUGCGUUUGCUUGCCACAACCACAACACAUCGAGCUUCAAGAACGAGUGAAACAGAAGACAACUACAAACUUAUUAAAGUCAUUGAUUAAACGAUAUCUUACAAUGGAACACUAUCAGGUGGAAAAGGAAGGAAUUAGAAAGUUGACCGUUACAGUCAUUAGUGCAAAAGGUGUGACCGUUGGAAAAUGGUCAGACAGAGUGGACACACCAGACCCGUACGUCUUGCUCCGAGUUCGAACAAGUCCGAACGCAAAACAAAAAACAGAGACCAAAGCGAACGACGUCAAUCCAGUAUGGAACCAGAAUUUUACAUUUUAUUUGAAUCCAGACAGGAAAAACAUAUUAGAAUUGAUAAUGAUGGAUGAAGAUUUCGGAUUUGAUGAUAAAGUCGGAAGGGAAGAAAUUGAGGUCGAUCAUUUUCUCCCGAACACAAAAGUAACAAAGACUGUUCACUUCAGUGGGAAAACUACGUUGGAAAUUGCGCUUUCUGUGUCCUACGACGACACCAGAGAGCUGAGAUUGAGUUACGAUUUAUGCGAUGAGGAAAAAGAAUUUAUCAAGAAACGAAAGGAAGAAGUAUUCAAAAGAAUCCCUAAAAUUAGCAACGCAAAUGAAGUACCCAGCUCAGUACAUGAGGUACCAACUAUUGCUAUCAUGGGAUCAGGAGGUGGUUAUAGGGCAGCUUGUGGUUUAUCAGGAGUAUUCUGUGCACUCCAGCAGGAAGGAAUCUUAGAUUGUGCUACAUAUGUUACUGGACUAUCCGGAUCUUCAUGGUACAUAUCGUCAUUGUACGCAAGAGAGGGCUGGCCGGAUCAUUUGGCUUGUGACGAAAUGGCCAAAGAUUUACGACAGCGUUUCAAUACCAAACUCCGAAGCCAUUUCAAUGUGUUCGACUUUAAGCAUCGUUUGGAAAAGAAAGCAAAAAGCGGUCAACUCGUUCGCUUCACCGAUGUUUUCGGCAUGGCAAUCGGAAAUGCUUUGCUUCCGAAUCAACAAUCGAAAUUGAGUUACCAGUCGCAAAAAGUAAGACGUGGGGAAGUACCGCUGCCCAUUACAACUGGAAUUCGCGUUCGUAAGGACUUGCCGGCAGCCGAAUUCAACGAAUGGGUAGAGUUCAGUCCCUUUGAAUAUGGCGUUGCCAAAUACGGUGUCUUUGGAAAGACUGAAGAAUUUGGCGGGAAAUUCUACAAAGGAAGUUUGGUGAAGAAAUUUGCAGAACCACCACUCCACUAUUUACAAGGAAUCUGGGGAAGUGCUUUUAGCAUCAUAUUGAACACACUAAAAGGUGGUGACACGAAAUCUGAGGACGAAACAAAGAAAGCUGUUUUGGACGAGGCAGAGCGAUUGAAAGGUGAAGAUGACGACAGCGAUGACGAAGAAGAUCAUGAUGAUGAUGAAAUCAAAAACGAAAGCUGGAUAACACAAAUGUUGAAUCCAGGGAAUAUAUUCUCAUCUCGACGGGGAAAAGCUGCCGAAACUUUCAACGUCCUCCGAGGAUUGAAGUUUAAGGGAUACAAAGACGCAGACUUUGAUGACUCUGCCGGUAAAGAUAAGACGAUGUGCAUUGUGGACAGCGGUAUUGCAUUCAAUUCGCCGUAUCCAGCAAUGUUGCGACCAGAGAGAAAAGUCGAACUCAUCUUGUCCUUCGAUUUCAGUCAACGCGAUGGUGGAGAUAAAGAGCUGCCAUUUAAGGAACUCUUGAAAGCAGAAGAAUGGGCGAAGGAACAUGGUCUUCCAUUCCCACAAAUCAAAGGGAACCCAGUCACGGAGGAUCCUGAGAUUCGCGAAUGCUAUGUCUUUGAAAACAAAGAUGACGGCAAAUGUCCAACCAUCCUGCAUUUUCCUCUUGUGAACAAGACAUUCCGAGAUUAUCUUGAACCAGGGGUGCCUCGUGAUACAGUGGACGCUCGCGAUUUCGCCAACUUCGAUAUCUUCGACGACCCUGAUGAACCCUAUUCAUCCUUCACCUUUGAGUACGAGGAACGAACAUUUAAUCGACUGAAGGAAAUGAUGAGGUUCAACACCUUGUUAAAUAUGGACCUCAUCAAGGCAAAGAUUGCAGAACAAGUUACGUUCAGGAAAAACAAUCCGCACUUUGCGUAAAUGUAAACCUUGGUAAGCCAUGAAGAUAACCAGGAAAUAGAUUUGCUUUUGACACGAUCCAUGAGUUUCAUGAAAUGCAACUCUUAUAACAACUAGUCUUUGAACUGUAAUGUAAAAAAACAACUAGUCUUUGAACUGUAAUGUAAAAAAACAACUAGUCUUUGAACUGUAAUGUAAAAAAACAACUAGUCUUUGAACUGUAAUGUAAAAAGACAACUAGUCUUUGAACUGUAAUGUAAAAUUUGAGACCAAUCACUCUUAAACAAAGUAAGUUAUUUGUAUUGUGAGGUAAACCAUCCACAUGAACACCACAGAUGCUGCUCAUCGAUUGUCGUUACUAAUCGAAACGUGUGACUACGGAAUAGGAGAUUUUAAUGUGAUUUAUUAUAUGAUAGAGUUUAUUUUCUUUAAAAUUUUGUAAAAAUUUAUAGCCUGAAAAUU